UUGACCUUACGAUGAUGAAUUUCAAUAGCUGUCGCGUUUUUGGUGGGCUUCCACAGCUACACACAAAGAUAAUAGGUAUAGGUGCAUAGCUCUACCGUCAAUUCCUUGAUCUAUUUGCCUCGAGCACCCUUUCUUUUCUUUCUUCUUCUAGAGGUCGAAACGGUAUUCCUCAAGAAAUGGCAUGGCAGAGGACGUGUUCCAGCGCAAUGCGCCAGACUCUGCUGCCGCUGCCGUCCCAUUCGCGCGGCUUCCUUACCCCUGCACUGCGACAACCAGGUUGGAGACGACAGUUGAGCACCACUCCCACACCCACUCCCGAUGACGAUGCGCCCAAACCGCCGAGCCCAGUCUCCCCGGACGGCCCCGCGGCACCGCCCCGUCGCCCGCGCAAGCCCCUGACCCAAGAGCAGCGCGACUUUUUGUCCUCGGCGCUCCGCGUGAACCAAGCGGGCGAGCUAGCCGCGACCCUGAUCUACACGGCGCAGACGCCGCCGCUGGUAGCGGCGCACCCGCACCUGCGGCCGCUGAUGGCGCACAUGUACGCGCAGGAGGAGGGGCACCUGGCGACGUUCAACGCGUUGAUGGCGAAGCACCGGGUGCGGCCGACGGCGCUGUACCCGGUGUGGACGGUGCUGGCGGCGGGGCUGGGGUGGACGACGGCGGUGAUGGGGCGCGAGGCGGCGAUGGCGUGCACGGAGGCGGUCGAGACCGAGAUCGGCGGCCACUACAACAACCAGAUCCGCGCGCUGCUCGCCAUGUUCGACCGCUGGGAGGCCGACGGCUGCGACGCCGGCGACGAGCUGCGCGCCCUCGCCGCCACCCUGCGCCGCAUCCGCGACGAGGAGCUCGAGCACCUCGACCACGCCCUCGACAACGACGCCAGGAAGGCCGAGCCCCACUGGCUCCUCACCGGCGCCAUCCGCCUCGGCUGCCGCGGCGCCAUCUGGGUCAGCGAGAGGGUGUGAGCGGGACGGGCGCGAGGCGGGCAGACGCGUCCGCACAUCUGCGCCGCUUCCCCCCACGGUGCCAGGGCUGUUCCCGCCGGGUUUCAAAUGUAGUGUUUGAGUCACUAAACCUACCGGCGUCUAGCACUGCGGAGUCUUGCCCGGUGAGGUCGUUGUCUCGUACCCCCGAAGCCUCGGGGUGGCCCCCGAAGUGAUGCGUGUCCUUUGGACGAGAGAGCUGGCGCCACGUCACACUUACAAUUAUAGGCGCAUAUCGAACGGGACCAGGUAGCCAGAGACUGGAUCGUGCUGACGGCAUAAGGAGGAAGGAUAACGUAUGUGCACAUGCACGCGCAUAUAUACCUAUGUUUGUGUGUACUCGCAUGUAUGCCUUGUAGGCGUUCACCAGAAGACGUCUAACCAUUGAUGGGCUCGGGUUUCCUUUCGUGAUCUACCUAUAGCUCCAACCUUGGGCAUGGCCAAGCUAGCUAAUGGCAGUCGAUGAGACCGAUCUGGGAUCUGCCACAUUCAUACCUGCGGUAAGAAUCCCCUUCCCGGGAAACUCAUUAUGGGUAGCCAUCACGUAGGUAGUCGGUGACAAGGUAGGCAUAACAAUAGCC